AUGGUCGACAGAACAACAAGAUGGCCAGAAGCAAUACCUACCGAUGAUACUUCAGCUGAAUCCAUCGCAAAGAUAAUUUAUGAAAAUUGGAUUACUCGUUUCGGAUCACCUAAAACCAUCACAACGGAUCAAGGAAGAAACUUCGAAAGCAACCUAUUUCUCAAACUACUUCAAACUAUGGGAAUACAGAAGACACCUACAACGGUAUACCAUCCUCAAUCAAACAAAAUAGUCGAACGAUGGCAACGUACAUUGAAGACCACACUCAAAACUCGUUUAUCUCAACAUACAAAGUGGAUUGAUGAGCUACCUACAGUGCUAUUUGGACUACGAGCAACACCGCGUGCAGACACUAGUCUUAGCGCCGCUCAGCUAACCUACAGCUGCAGCAUAAGACUACCGUGUGACUUCUUCACUUCAACAUCGUCAAAUAAUCAAAAAAUGAAUUACGAUUUUGUAACUCAACGUCGAGAAUCUAUCAACAAAAUCUUAUCGUCGAAACGCACAUCAUCACACGGAAAUAAUAAAUCAGUAUUCAUUCAUCAAGAUUUGAAAACAUAA